CUCUCUCUCUCUCUCUCUCUCUCUCUCUCUCUAUCUCUCUCUCUCUCUCUCAGUGUGUUUGCUCCUCUCUCCUCGGCGGUCAGACUCCGAUCUGUCAUCACAGUAUUAUAAUUGAUUGUUAAGGAUCGGAUCAAUAACAGGUAUCGGAGUAGGAUGAAGCUCCUCUGCAGAGGAUCAAUCCCUUACCCCCUGCUGCUCUUCUGUCUGCCAGGUGAGAACAUUUUCAGCCUCCUGAACAGGUGAAAACAUGUUGAUUUGGACUCAGUAUCUGGAGUUAUAGAGCUGACGGUGAGUGAAAUAGUCAAAUCUGUUUUACCGUGAUUUUUCUGCAUCACUACAUUUUGUCAUUUCAGUAGAUGCAGAUGCUUUCUCUGCUUUAUAAACUAAAUGUAGUUUAUCUUAUUGAAUUUAUUGGUUCCUUUUACACAGACAGUGCACAUCUGAAACGCUGUAGUGUCACAGUAGUUCCUGCACAGAUGUGAUAAAGUUGAGACUGACUGACACCUGUCACCGAGGAUUAAAUUCAUCGACCUGUUUGGAGCGUCUGGACUCUGACCUAAAAUUUAAUCUGUGUCACUCUGAAGAUGCUUCAGAUCUGACCUUAAAUUCACUCCGUUUUCACAAAGAUCUUAAAUAACUGCUGAGACUGUGCAGCAGUUCGGAUGAUAAAGUGACUGUAGAGCUUCAGCUGAUAAAAGAAAAAGGCUGGUGCACUUUUUCAAUAGUUUCAAAAACCUCACGAUGAACAUCCUUUUUAUGCAGAGGUCUUACACUGAUAACUGUCUAAUUGUGCAAAGAAACUGCCAUCUGCUCACUAAGUUUGAGUUUCAUGUUGUCCGGCUGCAGCAUUCUGGACAAAGACACUUAAAAACUCAAUUACGGCCUCUCCAAAUCCUUGAAAAGUCUUCAACAAAAUGUCUUGAAUGAGACUUUUAGAAUACUGGGUUAUGAAAAAUGUUUUUCAAAAAGUCAGAGGAGGCUUUGAAUUUAAGUCCAAGACGUAUCUGAGCGCUCCAUCAAAUUUGCCGUCCUCUUGGACUUAUUCAGGACUUGGCGCUACCUUUCCUUAUAGAAAAUACUUUUUACGAUAAAAACUUACAGUGACUCCAAUCCUGACAAAAUUUAUUCUACUUUUACACAUAAAUGAACACUGGUCAUACCCAUAUUAAGACUUCACCAAAUCACUAUAGGUGAGAGUUGGGGGAUCAAUCAUUUUCAGUUCGGAUUAAAAUUAUGGCUCCACACGUAAAAACUGACUCAGGUCAAUGAGAAACAAAGUUAGGGAGCAACAACUAAUCAUGAUAAAACACCAGCUCAAGUUUUGAUAUUAAAAAGGAUGUUUUAUACAAUGAAAACACUCAACCUACACAAGGUAUUUUCUGUGUUUUCUGUUGAUUUAGUUUUUCUAAAAUUUUGGGGCAUCUAACACAUUUAGAAGUGGAAAUUCAACAAUGUAAAUAAAACAGAAGAAGAAUCGAUGCUACUUCUUGCAUGAGGCUCACAGUUAUAUAGAUUCUGUUAAGAACUGAGCCGUCUAGUGUAAAUCAAGAAGUAAGACAAAUUAAUUUAGCACUUAAAUUAAAAAACAAAGACUAACCAUAUUAAAUCAUUGUGUCUUUUUUAAACUUAUAAUACUGACUGGGCAUCUGAGCAGAGUUAACUUUCAUAAUGUCAAAUUAACUGGAGAUCUCAAGAAAAGUCCUGAAAUUAUCUCAUUAAUAUGAUAAAACUGAGAAAAUUCGUUUAAUCAUGUCCUUUUAGGGCUUCCAUAUCAAAGAGACACUUUUUAACAAUUAAAACUUUGGUAAGGCAUCCAGAUGGCACUUUUAUUUUAACUUUGCUUUAAUCAAAAGAGGUAUCCAGAAGUCAUUUUGUACUUAGGGUAUCUAAGGGGGCUUUUUAUAUAUUUAAUGCACAGGUAGGGCAUUCAGUGGGUGCUUUUUUAUGUUUGGUCUGGGAUUGUAUCCAUUAUAAAUUUGACUUAUAGGGGAAUUUAGAUGGUAUUUUUUUAAAAAUGAUGUACUUGAGGGGCAUCCAUAUGGUACGAUUUACAAUUUGAAAUAGUAUUCAGGGGGCAGUAUUUAACAAUUUAUAGACUGCUAGGGCAUCCAGAGUACACAUUAUACUUUUCUUUAUCCAGGUAGGGCGAAAGUGAAUGACAGGGGAACUCUUUUAAGUUUUUAUGAACUUGAGGGGCAUCCAAAAGGUUUUUCUUUCUGGAACUGACAUAUAAGAAGGCAUUUCAUAGUGUCUUAUUUUCUUUAGGAGCAUCUAAGAGGGCCCUGUCAGUCUUGUUUCAGACGUACCCCCCUCCUCUCUGAGCGCAGCUCUGUUUAUCAGUCGCCUUCACGUGUUCAGUCUUUCAUGUAUUUAGAGGGCAGUGUUGUGAACGGGCGCGUUCAGGAUUCAUUGUGCGUCUGCAUGAUAAGAGGAGAGAGCCAAAACAAGACUUAACAACCAGGAGGUGGAGGUCAAAGGUCCCUCAACAGACCACAGGGAAUUAAAGCUGAAUAAUUUGAUAUUUCUGAAUAAGAGGCAGGACGAUCAAACCGCCAGAGGACAGCCCAUACUCUUACUGUAAGCUGUAAUGGUUUUACUGGUUCACAGUGUUUCAGUGUCUUUCUGCACAAUCCUCCUCUACACAUGACCUGACAAUAAAGUCAAGACUUUGUCGUGUAGGAUGGUCUGAUUGGAGGUCUUUGCUGGAGGUAAAGUAUUUGUACGGGUUUGUUGAUGUUUAGACAAACGGGCGGACUGAGCAGCGGUAUAAUUGCUGAUGUUGGCGAGGAUUACAUCUGUCAAUCACACUGUCCACACAGAUAAGAGGAGGUCGAGGGCAGAAGUUAAUCCAAACACACUUUAAAUACACUCUGAAUCGCACACAUAUACACAACGCACACCACCCUUUGCUGCAAAUAAACUGCAGUAGGAAGGUUUUGCAACAAGAAGAUUUAUAGACUUUAUUUUUCGAUUUCUCUCUGUAAAAUUACAUUUUAAAGCCAAGAGGAAUAAACUUCAGGACUGACAUGUUCAACAGACAGUCGGAGCAGGUCCUCUGUUUGAAAACUAUCACUGUGCACAAAUUUGUAAGAGGCCCCAAAACAACCGGACAAAAAAAACACCUGGAUAUUGUUUUCCUGACACUUUUAAAUCUCAGGGAGGCUGCCAGCUGAGCUGCUGCCAACUGCAGGUCUACUCUUUGAUGGUGUGAAGGGAGUUUUUUUGGUCCAGCUGUGUUCAUCAUUAAUGGAGCAAAGCCUGCAGGCGGGUCACCCAAACACUGCACAAGAAAACUAGUGAAAAAAAAUCCAGAUUAAUUUAACAUUUAAAUAAAAUCUGUGUCUUUGUGUAGCUUUGGGGCCUGCAGGCUGAGCUGCCAAUUACAUUGCUAUUUCCUAUGACAGCCCCCCUCAUCCUUUCUUAAGUUUCAUUAAAAGAGAUAAAAAUAGAUAAAACCAAAUUAAAAUAUAAUUCUAGGUUUCCUUAAUGCUAUUUGGUGGGAUUUCAGGGGCUGACAGCUGAGCUGCUGCUUCAUUAGCUGAGACCUUUUUCUUCAAAAGCUUUAAAUCUAGACAAAUCAUGGCCUUAAUUCCCUGCACCAUCCAAAAGUACUGCUAAAUGUUUUAUUCCAGAAAAAGAAAAAGAAAACCUUUAAAAAUAAUAAAUGCAGUAUAGUGGGAAAUUAGGGGCUGCCUGUUGAGCUGCUGCUAACUUUGCUGAUUGUUCCCACUUAAACUAAAAAAAAACUUGAAUCAGUUUGAUUCUGACUUAAUCUUUUAUCUUUUUAUCUUUUAUUAAGAUGAACUGGAAUACAAGAAAGUAUUAAAGAAAGACAAAAAAUAUUUAUUAAUAUUUGUUCAAUAAUCCAUUGGAUGAACUGAUGAGCUGCUCUGUUUUGUUGUUUCAGAGAGAGACCUAACUUCAGAUCAGUCUUUGUGCUCAUAAAACCACGACAAUCAUCAAACUGUCUCCGUCUCUCUCUGUAAAUGUCACUCAUGCUUUAAAGUGUUUAUAAUCUUUCUGUAAAUCUGUCAGUCUGAUCGUCCAAACUGUAAUUUACUCAACUGAUCCAUUUCAUGUCUCAUGUCUGCAGAAGGAAACCCUCUAGACAUCGUGUUUCUAGUCUUUGCUGAAUGUUUUUGGAGAAGUUUUAAUCUGAAUCUGUACAUUAAAGACAGAGUACUGAGGCAUAUUUUAUUGUAUCAGUCAGUCUGGAUAACAAUGAUGAGGCUAAAUCUUCACAAACAGGAAUCACAAGGACAUGCUCAGCUGAUAUGUGGCCGACAUUUUCAUUUGGUUUUCACAAUGACGGAUAAAAGAGUCAGCAAUGUCUGACUUUGUUUCUCAAAGAAGCUUAAAAAUCAUUCCUAAAAGACACGCACACACACACACACACACACACACACACACACACACACACACACACACACACACACACACACACACACACACACACAGCUCAUAUUGACUUAACAUGCCAUCAUCUGUCCUUUGCACUUAGUUGUGAUGCACACAGCUGUGACCAUCUGUGCACUUAAGAUGUAUAGACUCCCUUGUUACCAUGGCAAUAGUGAUGAGAAUAGAGAUAAAGAGGAUGAUAAAAUUGAUGAUGAUACACUUGUGUGUGUGUUAGUGAGUGUGUGUGCUGUUAGGGCUAACUGUUCACCUCCUCCGAGAGUCGAUGCUGCCGCCUCACAAACUGCUGACUCGUCUGGUCAGCGAGCCAUGAAGACUGUGAACAAAGAGCAGAGAGGAUAAGAGGCAGAGCUGCAUGUGCAGAGAGGCCUCACCUGCCGGAAAGUUCACACAAAGAUGUCAGGUUUAAUAGAUGAUAGAGUCUGAGUAUAUGGAUCAGUGCCGGCUAAAGAAAAUGUAAACUAAGGGCCCUCUGAUAUCUUAUGCAGAGGAUAAAAUGUUAGGAAAGAGUCCUCUUGUCGUUUUUCUGCAAGUAAACUGUGCAUGAAGUAUCAUCUGGUAUCUCUUGCAGUAGAUUAAAUGUAAACAAAGGGCUCCUUGGUUGCUGUUUUGGUAAGUAAAAUGUAAACUAAUCGCCCUCUGGUAACUUAUGCGGAAGAUAAAAUGUGAUGAAAAAGUCCUCUUAUUGUUUUUCUGCAAGUAAACUGUAUAUAAAGUGAACUCUGGUAUCCCUUGCAGUAGAUUUAACAUAAACAAAGUACCCUUUGGUUGCUCUUUUUAUGGAUAAAGUGUAAAUCAAGUGCCGCAGGUGGGGCUUUAUGGGCAAAUCACAUGUAAAUUUAAAUGCCUUCUCAUUGCCUAUUUGAUUGAUUAAAAGUAAACCAAGUGUCCUCAGGUACCCCAUGCAGAGGAUAAAAUGUGAGGGAAAGGUUCUUUUGUUGUUUUUCUGCAAGUAAACUGUACAUAAAGUAUCCGCUGGUAUCUCUUGCAGUAGAUUCAAUGUAAACAAAGUACUGUUUGGUUGCAUUUUUUACAGAUACAGUGUAAAUCAAGUGCCACAGGUUGUAUUUUGGACAAAUCAUGUGUGAAUUAAAGUGCCUUCUCAUCGCUUAUUUGAUUGAUUAAGAGCAAACAAAGUGCCCUAAGGUAACUCAUGCAGAGGAUAAAAUGUGAGGAAAAAGUCCUCUUGUUGUUUUUCUGAAAGUGAACUGUACAUAAAGUAUCGGCUGGUAGCUCUUGCUGUAGAUUUAAUGUAAACAAAGUACCCUUUAGUUGCUUUUUUUGACGGAUAAAGUGUAAAUCUAGUGCCACAGAUUGUGUUUUGGACAAAUCACGUAUAAAUUUAAGCACCUUCUCAUUGCUCAUUUGAUUGAUUAAAAGUAACCCAAGCGCCCUCAGGCAUCUACUGUUGUGGAUAAAACAUAAACAAAGAGUGCUUAAGUUGAUGUUUUGGCAAAUUAAAUGUAAAUAAAGUGCUCACUAGUGUCCUUCCAGUGAAAAAAUGAAACUCCUGGGGCCUCAUGUAUCAACGCUUGCGGCGCAAGAAAACCUUGCGUACACCAAAAUCGGCGCACACGUCCAGAUUUAUCAUCGCGAAACGAGCGUCGGUUCCAGCGCUAAUCAACGCAAAGUCAGGAGGUGGUGUAGAAAUUGGCGUUGAGCCGAUACUUGCGUUGACUGUGAUUCGCACUUUGGCGACGCUGUGUGGCGGUGUUUGGUGACUCACUAUGUGACAAGCGUGCACCACAUCCCCGUGGCCGAGCAGCACGUCGCCCCACAUGACGAACCAGCAGCAGACGGAGGGAUGCGAGCUGAUCCCUGCCGGGCCGCCGUCCUCGCGCGGGAGAAUCUCAUCGCCACAGUGUGAAUGGGUAAGAAGUGAAUACACAUUUCAAUGAGCCAAAAUAAUUUAUUUUCUCCACCAGACGCUCGAGGACAUUUACGAGCCGGUCCAGCCGCUCGUUGAUCCCCGCGAUCCCCCUGAUUAUUUCUUCCUGCGAUUGCAGGACCCCCUCCGCGAGGACCCUUCCACUGCGUCCAGGUGGUCCAGCGGAAGCGCCGCGGCUGGUGGACGCUCCACCGCUUGUCGGCACGCUGAUGCUGAUGCUGGUGCUGGUGCUGGUGCUGGGGCCGGGGUCGGGGUGGCCCGAAUGCCGCUGGUCCUGGCCGACGACUCCGAGCCGGCGGACGGGCUGCCGCGGGCCGGGGUUCCGCAAGCCGGCGACACGGCCGACACAUUGAUUUCUGUGACACAAUAAAAAUAUUUGUUCAUUUCAAUUCCUGCUUCUGUGUAUCUGUUGCGUUUGCAUCUCUCUCCACGGUAUCAUAGGUAAUGUAAUCCAGUAUUUCGAGGUCAGUUAUGCACAUUACGGUUGUUUAUUGCAUAAAAAGUUAUCGAAAAAUGAAGUUAAGGGCGAAGUAUAAAUCACGUCUAAAAAUAGACUGAAUCCCGACGUUGAAAUUAAGUAUAAGCUUAGACUAGACGUCUAAUAUACGUCUUUUGCUCAGUGGGAUGGCAAAGCAUGUGGACAUUUGUGUGACAUGCCACUUACCCUAUAAUAAUAAUCGCCACCACCCGCUGCUCAAACGGUGUGAGGGUCUCCUCGCCCGGACCCCCACCUGUCUGGCCGGUACUCCUCCGGAGGGCAGCUGUACGCCGCUUGACCUCCACCUUGAGGUCCGACCACUUUAUUUUAAUCUCCGCGGGGGUGCGUGUCUCGCAACCCACCGCAUUCACCCUCUCGCAAACUUUCUCCCACUCCAAGCGUUUUCGUUUUGCACUGACGCCACUGGACAGGCUGCCAAACAAAACAGGCUGUCGCUCCUCCACCUCCGCCACCAGCACCUCCACCUCACACGCCGUAAAUUUAGUUUUUCUUGUCAUUUUGUCUACAUGCGAGGACAGGGAGACCCGAUUUAAGUAAAUCUGCAUAUUUAUAGGAGGGCGUAACGGGGGCUGGCCCAGUCACUCCGACAUCUGCGCUCAAUUCCACGCUGAUUGGGAUUUAUCAAGGAAACACACGGGGAUUUCGGCGCCCGCACACAUUGAUACAUACGGAUUUUUUUCAGCGUGACGGACCUUGCGUGCGCUCGUUUCUGGUAUGAGUUCCACGCAAGUAUUGAUACAUGAGGCCCCUGGUCUUCUUCUGCACUACGAUGUAUGUCCACUGCAAGUUUAGAUGCUAAAAGUUUCUCUGAUUAUUUUCACGAUAUCUGUGAUGGAGGCAGUGUUGCAGCUCUGGUGCAUGUUUACGUUCUACGGUCAUGUUACGCACAGAUACAGACUCUGCUUAUACAACGGUUACCUCCUGUUUUUAAAAACAUUAAAGUGGUUUCAGACAGACAAAGAGAACUGUUGACAACAUGUCGUGACUUUGGUCUAUGCGCGCACUUCACAUUCACAGUGUUCAGAUGAUAUCUCCUUCAGCCCUGUUGUUGGAUACCUGUUGGGAACAUUGGAAAGAAAGCACACUCCAUCAUCGAACCACCAAAUUAGGGAAUACCUUAAGGAAAAAUUUCAGUCAUGUGGACACAACCAAGACAAGGAGCACUAAAGCCAUUAUACACCCCUCUAAAACCCUCUGUCUCAGUUUUUACUCUCAUUUGUCAUCACUGUGUGUAUAUAUAAUGUCAUAUUUAAUGGAUGUCUGGCCUGUUCAGUCGUUAGGCCGGCUUAACUGGAAGGUGGCGACAGAAAAAGGCUGACAGUCGUUAGGGGGACUGAAAUGUUCAUCAGAGUAAAUAAACUCACAAAUUCAGACUAAAAGUGUUAAAACUGUUUGUUUUAUCACUCUGACCAGACAGACUGGGGUUCAUUUGGAGCUGCAGAGGUGAAUCCAUCUUAAAGUUUCCCUGAGACAUUAAAUAAAGUCAGAAUUAUCCCUCAAAGACACAGACUGGACUGAUGUUAGACUGUUAUAUCUCUCACAGGUAGAAACAACCAACACUGAUGGCAGUAAGAGAGCAGACAAUCUCUCAUCUCUGUCUUUUUAUGUCCGUCUGAAAGGUCCACAGCUUCACUUCCACCUUCCCAUUUUAGUACAAACAGUGUGAACUCUCAGACCCUGUGUGUGUCUCCAGCGUCAUGUUGGAAUUCACUCAUUUAUUACUUUCUUCAUGUCUGAAGGUCAUGAAACAGACGGGCCUUUUAUGCACUUCCUUUUUAGUGCAAAGCAUGUUCUUACACCUCUCUGUCUGUCUGUCUGACUGAUGAGGACAGUGUAUUUUUUCUCCUGCAGAAUGAACCUCUGUUGUUGUUGUCGAGCAGAAACAGAAGCUCCUGCUGUGGGCGCAGGUUGGAUCGUUGUUGCUCAGAUAGUUCAGAGGCUGCUAAAAUCCCUCAAAUGAAUGAAUCCCGGCGGGGAAAUUCACCUCCGUAGCUGUGGUUUGUGUGUGUUUUUGAACACUUUAUUGAAUCUUAUCUUGAGGGGGUGUUCGCUCUGCAGUGAGCCUGCAGCAAAGGAGCAAGACUACUGCUGCUGCUGCUGGAGGUGCAGUGUGAGAGGCGUUUCAACAUUUUAUUGAGUAGCUGCAAAUGUUUGCUUCUUUCGUGCUGCAUCAUCACUCGAUGCUAACUGAAAAAAAUAUAAAGAAAGAAAUCUCCUUUUCUGACAAAGUCUUACAGCCACAAGUGAUGUUGAUAUCAGUCCUUUAUUAUUAUUUCCUGUCACAGAUAACAACUUAUUAUCAUGUCUGACCCCCAAUUUCCACUGCAUCUGGAACGGCUCCUAUCUGGAACGGUAGCGAUUUCGGGGGAUAAUUCCACUGGAUCCGUUGGUGAGGCGAAUUUCGUAGCGGAUUACGGAGAGUGGUAAUCGCGAGAACUCACAAGAACCCGCAGAUUCACGUGCAAAUCACGCAAUAACGAGUUGUCUCUAUAAAGACAGACAGAGGCUAACCAUAUAAGCAGUAGAUUGUGUCCUUCCAGAGGAGGAAAUCUACUUCUAGACUUCUAGAAUCAGCAUCUCCUCAUCCAUGGUGUCAUCGGGGUGAAAUGACGUCUAAAAACUUUUCACUUGUUUGUCUCCGCCCAUUUGCAUGGUGUGAAAUAUGAUCCGCCUGAAACACAGAGUGUUUUAUUUUGAAAAGAAGCCGGAUGUUUUUUUUUGUGUCUGUGCCCGACUUCCCUUUCCAGCACGGUUAAUCUGUGCUGAAUUUAUCCAGCAUGCUCCCGCGUCUAGAAAAAAUAGAACUCUUGCGAUCAGCUGCGGAGUCCGGCGAUCAGCAGCGGAACGGAAAGAAGCCGGUGGAAAUUGACACAUUAACUUGAAUGGUUACAAUCGGCGGAUACAACCCUUUCAUAGCCGUUCCAGAUGUGGUGAAACUUGGGGGUGACACUCUGCGUCUGCUCGAUCUGGUAGUCCAUUUUCGACAUUAGCACUCCAAAAAAUCCAUUAAAGUAGACUUUAACAGUCUUUGAAAACAGCUACUGCCUCUUUAAAACAGUGCGGAGUGCCUCAGAGCCCAGUGUUCUGAUAUUCGAAAUUCCGGAACCUGGCAUUUUACAAUCCAACAUUCUAGAACCUGGCAAUCCUCAAAGCCGGGAUACAACUUCCUUUAAGAGCCUACUCUACUGGAACCCUUGGACACUCAGCAUUCCAGAGCCCCCAAGAACCCAAUUUUCUCAAACCUGGCACUGUAUCAGUCCUAAACAACUAAGAGAAAAAACUUCCCAGAGUGCACUGCAGCAUCUUCCACCGAAGCUCUGAGCUCAGCAGGUUGUUUUGUUUGGAGGCGACACAAACCAAAUCUUUCUCUGUGGCCUUCAGGGACGACUGUCGCCUCAUUCCUCAGCUGUCUCUAGAGGACUGACCGCAGCUGAUAGGAGAGACUUUGUCGUCAAGAGAUUUUAUUAACUAUUUACAUCAGUCAAGUGUUCUCGGUUUGAGGCCUUUCACUGCUUACUUAUAUGGUUACAGGACUCAGACUGCAGCUUCGUCUGCAGCUGUGAGUCUGAUAGCUCAGACAAAUGUUCAGAUUUAUCAGCUCUGACAUCCCACGUUUCAUCUGAUAUGAGCUUUGAAGAGCAUGAAAUAUAACUGGAACCCUCAGAUCUCUUGUUAUAAGUCUUUUCAAAUCUGAUCGGACUAUUUUAGAGUUGCUGAGCUCCACCAGCAGCCUCCGUCCUCACAAAUUUUACUGUUUUCCAAACACUCAUCGCUCUUGGAGAGUGUUUUUGUUCCUCUCCUUUUUAUAAAAGGACUUGGCAUCCAAAAGGUUUUUUAUUCUUCAGAAAUACGGUUCAACCUGAGCAGCAUCCAUCAUGUCUCCCACCAUCCAUGCUCAUUUAUGUAGCACAGGACUUAAAGGAUUUAUCUCCUGUAGUUCUUUUCCGAUUAAAAGCCGAGGUGAUCUCCGGGUUAAUUGUACUGGGAAAUGUGGUUUGCAUGUGUGUGGAGAUGUGUGUUACUGUGUGUUUCUGUGGUAGACUUCAGACUUUACUGAUGGAUAUAUAAGGUCUCACAGGAUCAAGAGAAAAUGGCGUAAAAUAAAGUGCAAAAUAACAAGAUUAUUGUUCAAAGAGUAUUUCCUGUGGGCUUUGAUAACCAAGUCUGAGAUCAGAUCUGAACAUCUGUAGUGUUAAACACAGCAGUGAAUCCCAAGGUCCUACAAACUGAAUGGUUAUUCCUCUUGGGAGCAUGAUUGGGAUAUCGGUUAAGCAUCGAUGUAUCCCGUUCUCCUCAGGUUUGGUUUUAAAAAUGUUAGUUAAACACAAUUAAAUCUCAAAUGAGUCAUCUCUGUUUCUCUUUUCCCAGUCUGCUUCGCUGCUCAUGGCCGCUACGCUCAGAAGCUGCUCACUGACUUAUUCUCAAACUACACCAACGCUUUACGGCCUGUCGAAGACACCGACCACAUCAUCAACGUCACUCUGCAGAUCACGCUCUCCCAGAUCAUCGACAUGGUAAUCCCUGCCAACAGAGAUCUACAGUGAAUUCACGCUUUGUUGAAAACUAUAGGGGAACGUAUGGACAGAACUAUUCCAUUAUACUGCUCACAGAUAUCAAGUUGCAGAAGUUUACCAUGUUUGGAAACUUCUUGCAUCUGACACUUUUCAGUGUAUCAUACAUAUCUUGAACUACAUUGUAUCAAAUGGUACCACGUCAUAUUUUAUUGUGUUUAUUGUAAGAUAUAGUUGGUUCUUGUUUCGUAUCAUGCUGUAUUUUAACUUACUGGUUCAUAUCAAAUUGUAUCAUAACUAAAUUUAUGUGUUUAUUCCUUUAAAACCAGGAUGAGAGAAACCAGAUCCUCACUACCUACCUGUGGAUCCGCCAAGUUUGGAUGGAUGCCUUCCUCACCUGGAAGAAAGAGGAGUACGACGGCCUGGACACCAUCCGCAUCCCCAGCAGCUACGUGUGGAGACCAGACAUCGUCUUGUAUAACAGGUAGGUAGGCAUGAAGAGGAGAUGCAGGAAAUCACUUUGUAUUGCUGAGUUUUGAUUUGAAUUUUCUCCGCUAUAGUGCAGACGACGAGUUCUCCAGCUCCAUGGAAACCAAUGUGGUUCUCCGUAAUGAUGGGCAGGUAAUGUGGGACCAGCCAGCCAUCACCAAAAGCUCCUGCUCCGUGGAUGUGGCCUUCUUCCCCUUUGAUUUGCAGCAGUGCCAUCUAACCUUUGGCUCCUGGACCCACAAUGGCAACCAGAUGGACUUGUCCAAUGCCUUGGACAGCGCUGACCUGGCCGACUUUGUCCCCAAUGUGGAGUGGGAGGUGAGUGCUUACAGAGUUCGUCACUCUCAAACAAUACCGGAAACUAUGAUAGCAUAUAUCAGAAAAAUCUGGAUCCUUUUUCCGAACAGGUUCUGGGAAUGCCAGCCAAGAAGAACGUUAUUCUGUAUGGAUGCUGUUCAGAUCCGUAUCCAGACAUCACCUUCACCCUCAGCUUGAAGAGACGAGCCUCCUUCUACAUCUUUAACCUCCUCAUCCCCUGCAUGAUGAUCUCCUUCCUGGCUCCACUGGGCUUCUUCUUGCCCGCUGACUCUGGAGAAAAGGUUUCUCUGGGUGUCACUGUACUGCUGGCCCUCACAGUGUUUCAGUUACUUGUGGCGGAGAGCAUGCCGCCGUCCGAGAGUGUGCCACUUAUAGGUGAGGAUGCCCAAAACAGUCUCCAUUUCGUUGUUAAAAAUGUCAGUAAUAAGUAUUCAUCAACGUCUUCACCUUUCAAGACUAAAUAAGGACAAUUAUGUAAAUAGAGUGCUUAGAGAAUGGAAAUCGUGGUGAAAUACCCGUCCAUAAAUGCUCUGACAAGUAAUGAUGAGAUAAAACAGUUGACUUUUUGAGGUAGAUGACCAGUUAUAUCACUGUUUGUUUACCCUUGAACCAAUCAUUUGUCUGCAACAAGUUUACAGUCUAUCAUGAGAAGCUGAAACUAGCUGACUACUAGCUUAGAUUCUUCACAGUGUACCUUGGAAACACCCUCAGUGUACACAGCCAGAGAGAGAGACCAGGGAUUACAGAUGAAUGUUGAAAUUGCUGCAGUCCAUUUUACUGCUGUACAGGAAAAGAGAGGUGUAAAGGGAGCAGGUCUGCAGAAGUUCAGCUCAGUGUAAAAGUGUGUGUGAGUGUGUGUUGUUUUGUUAGUAACCAAUAAAGAGAACAGACGGUAGAGAUUUGAGAGCCGAGUGCAGCGAUCGCAGUGUUCAUGUUUAAUGGCUGUCAUGAGGAGGAGGAGGCCAGCAGAGGGUAAAAUACAGCAAUCAGAAAUCAAUAAUCACUCUGCAGUUUGUUAGAAUAAUCCUGUGAUUUCAGCUCAGACCAGAGAGGAGCAUGAAGAAGAGCACCUGCAGAUGGUUAAACUACCUCAGCACGGCACAGACCGCGAGAUAACCAGGUGGUUUUUGAGAUUAUCUUGUUGAAGACUGUUGGGGCUGCAGUGAUUUGAAAUUAUGAACAAAAAAAUCUUCAUUAUGUAUAAUCCUCAAGGACAGCACCCCUCAUGGAGAUCUUAUUGAAUGGAGUACUUUAAAGAAUUGUCUCCCAGAAUCCUUCAACUUUCUCAUUUGAAACUAAAGAGCCUGUCAGGAUUAGAGCUCACAGUGCAGCUCUGAGCAGCACAGUGGAGAUACUGACAGUUACAGGCAAAACCCACAGGAUCUGGAACGGCUCCGCUCCGCCCCAGCACCGCAGGCGGAUCAAAUACGCAAGCAUUCUGAUCAAUUUGUGAAAUUCCACAGAGUCCGUCCACUGUCCAGCGGCCAGAUCAGAUACACAAGGCUUCUAUUUUUGCCAGACGCCGCAGCACAGUGCGGAAACUGUAUGCUGCUACAGAGGAAAAUAUCUGGUUAAUUUUCAAAAGAAAAGAAAGUUAAACUGUUGAACUGUUCUUAACUUGAUAACAGGAGAGGCCAGGGUUGUUUAUAUACAUCGCCGUUCAUACACACCGAUUGGCGGAUCUCAUUCAAUGUCUCACGGGGAAACACGUGAGAUCUUGUGAGAUUCCGUCCAUUCUCGUGCCUUGAGCCCAUAUCAGUAAUUACGCAAGAGCUUCUCCCUCGAUGGCGGCAGUGGAUCGGAUCCAGUGGGCGCUAUAUGCUUGCGUAUUUGAUCCGACUGCCAGUGCAGAGCGGAGCUGUUCCAGAUCCAGUGGAAUUCCCGGGUUAGCGUUAAUUGAACAGAAUAUGUGGCUGGUUUGUGAUCAGUGUGAACUCACUUUUCAGUUUUUUCUUUCCAUGAUAGAAAUAUGAAACUGUACCUGCCAAUAAUUGUUGGAAAGGAAUCAUUAUGGCUGUUUCGGUCUGACAACUAAGAAACUGAAGACCCUUAAAUUGUUGUCCAACCACAGAUAACUUCAGUGUUCACUUUGUCCACACACUGUACCGGGAUGUUGAACUGUUUGUGAUGAUGAAUGUCCUUUUUUUCUCAGGGAAGUAUUACAUCGCCACAAUGACGAUGGUCACUGCAUCAACUGCGCUCACCAUCUUCAUCAUGAACAUCCACCACUGCGGUCCUGAAGCCCGUCCAGUCCCUCAAUGGGCCGAGCGCUUCAUCCUCAACUACCUGGCCCGCAUCUGUUUCGUCUACGAGGUCGGAGAGACCAGCCAGAACGGGACCUCAACCAAGAAACAAUCGUCAUCCAAGGAGGACCCCGACGCACUGCCAACCAAUGGCGCCAACACCAAGGGAACUAACUGGGAUGUUAACGGACAGGCAUGGGGGGGCAAGGUGGAGGAGGAGAAGACGGGGCUGGAUGUCAACAACCAGGUGGACUGGAAGGAGGAUCUGUUUGUGAACAUUGACCACUCGGAGGAGGAAGGAGCAGCAGGAGGACUUAAGGGAGAGAGGGAGGAGUCUGAUAGUGCCUGUGGAGGAGAAGGGGAAGAUGUCGAGGAAAAGAAAGGUGUAGGAGGUGACGGGGGAGGCGGAGCCAGGGGGUACAGGAGGGAGAUCCUGGUGAGAACCCAGUGUGUGUGCCAGCAUCAGGGUCUGCGCAGGAACGUUCAGUACAUUGCCAACUCUUACCAGGACCAGCGAGCCGCACAGGUACGCAUCGGGGAGUGGAGGAAGGUCGCCAAAGUCAUGGAUCGCUUCUUCAUGUGGCUCUUUUUCAUCAUGGUCUUCCUCAUGAGCAUUCUCAUUCUGGGGAAAGCCAUCUGAUGGAGGGCAGGGUUAAAAUUUCUUGAAUGUUCUCUGAGGGGAAGUCUGUAUCUGAAACCCUCGGCCUAGUUUUCUUUUAUCAUGUAAAAUCUUUGGAAUCGCUUCAUGAAUCUGGCUGUAACGGCUGAAACGUCAACCUUUCUAUUUAUUCUGGUUCAUUUCGGGAAAAGAUUGUGUAACUCUUUAUUUUAGUUUCUGCUAAACUGAAAGCCGUGUCAAUGAUCAAAAACGUCAAGUUAUAGGAGUUGUUUCUUGUUGUGCGAUCUCCUUCUCUUUCUCUGCCCAUAUAGCUGUUUUGGCGUCUGUAUGUAAAUCAAGCACCCCUUUUUUAAUGCAAGUCAGGUGGUUUUCUGAUAAGAUCUGUUGACCACUUACAGGCAUGGUUGACGAUCUGAGAAGCAGUUAAAAAACUGAGCCGUUGAGGCAGAUCUGAAAAAACGUCCCCCCCCCUACACACACACACAAACACACACACACAAACCUCUCCCCUCUGUGCUCCACGAUAACUCCCCCCCCCCCCCCCGAACCUGUAUGGCCCUCCCCACGACACACCCCCUCUGGCAGAGCAAGAAGUUGGCCCGGCAGAAGAUCCUACGCUAGCUUCAAAUAGGAUUCACCAUGUCGGAUUGUUAGUGACUAGCGGCAGUAAACGCCAGCUCUGCUAGCAAGCGCCGUCUGCAGCUGCCUGGACAGCUACCGUGUUGACAAGUCAGAACUACAGGAGAGGGGUGUGUCGAAUACAGCGAGGUGAUUGGAUGGAGAGGCGGAGCAGAAGAUUGACCAAUAGGAGCUGUCCAGGACGGUGGCUCCCAUUGGUCAAUGUUUUUGUAGCCCUGCACCUACGAGGGUGAACAGAUUUUUUCCAUUCUUCUUCUCUUCACUUUGUGGAGAUCGCACUCUAGGACCAUGAUCGUCAUAGAAACGAGGUUCAUGGUAAUUACCAAUCUCUCCAAUCGUCAACCAUGCCUUUAAAAGUUUCUCCAAGUAUAGCAACUCUCUCUUUCUCUCUUUACGUCCUCCUCUUGCUAUCUCUCUGUUUUUCCCCUGAAUGUAAAUUAAGGUUCAGUUUCAUCACGGUAACCAAAAGUUAUCCCCAGAAAAGUGAAGCAGUGUUGUUCAUGAAAGGUUGACAAUACAGCUGUUACAGCUCGAUUCAACUCUACUGGAGCAAUUCCAAAACAUUUAACAUCUUUCAGUUAUUUAGACUCUUAAAUAUAAAAAAUGGUUGUAGGGCCAGUUAAAGCUAAAAUUAUUGUUCUGCAAAGAUGGCGAAGGGCUUCAUUUCACUGACUUCCAUCAGUCUGAUGAUCAAAACUGUUUGUUUACGUGGAGAAAGGAGUUGCCUGAUCUGUGCGCAGUACGUUACACUUUUCAGAUGUUAUGCUUGCCACAGUUUUUUAUAAGUAUACUUGUGUUUUACUGUGUGACUGUUCACUUUUUGGACAACUUAGUAAUGCAUGCAGACGUUUUUUUUAUUUCUGAGUCACAAUGAAAAUAUGCAAUAAGUUUGUUUUUUCUUAUGCACCAUUUUAUCUUUAAAGUGUAUAAAGUGUAAAAAUGUAAAAUAUUUUAAUCUCAAGUAUUCAAGCUGGAGAUAAAACCUGACAAAUAACUUUAACUCUUGUGGUUACUUACAGCAGCAAACUUAACAUCCCACCAUUUGGAUUUCUUUUGAUUCACGCAGAAAUUUAGUUGUUAGGUAAAAGUCAUUAUGGCGUCUGGUCAGCUCGGCCCUGACAGGAACACAGGUCAAAAGUUAGGCUACAGAUUUCUGCAGCCGAGGUCAAGUCUGACACCUACAUUUAAGCUCAAUAUAAAAGACUCCAACCCAAAAAGUCAUCAUGAUUUGAAGUGUUCACUCUACCAAGAAAGUCUAACUGUAGUAUUUCACCUUUGCUGGAGUCUCCUAUUGUUAUUAAUCUCAACAUGAUCUGUUGGAGUGUGCAGGUUAAGGCGCAGCGCAAAGCUACAUCCAUUUUUGGAAAUCCGUGAUCCUUAAUGUUGAGGUUGAGGAAUCAAACGCAGCCUCGCUGUGAUGGCAGAACAGGUGAAAAAAUGUCAAAUAAAAGCAGUUUUCCUCACUUUUUCUUUUCUUUUUUUUUUUUUUUUGUAGUGUUUUAUAUUCCUCACAGUGUUAAAACAAGAAAACGCCAAAUGUAUCCUGUAACUUCAUGUUGUAUAUCCUGUUUGCGUGGUGUUAAACACUGGUCGAAUGACAUUUGAACAUGUCUGACUGUCAAUGCCAUCACAUUCAUUAAAGGUUUGGUAUAAAAUUAAA